GGCGUAUGGACGGAUUAAUGACUGAGAGACGCAGGCGGAAGCGGACGAUGUGAUGCGAUGCGGUGCGAGAUACUCGAUCACAGGCUCGAGCAGGAUCAUGUAGUAUCCCGCCCCGGAGGAUUGUCGUAAAAGAUGGUAAGAGUAGACCACCACUACCAACUACCUAGGUAACAAGCCAUAUGGUAGGUAGAGUAACGACUGUGCGUGCUGCUGCUGCUGCUGUUCGAAUACCAUCCACAAGCCUCAAGGCAAGGUGAGGUGGUUUCGCGGUGCUGGGUUGAUGCGGGCUGAACUCUAUCUUGAACGGGAUUGCGGGGGAGAACUCAUGGAGGGGGGGAAAUCACAAGCCUCGACUUGUUUCCAAGUUCCAACAUUUGAGCAACACAAAGAGAAUAGCCGGGGAAUCUGCGAGCGACCUCAAAACUCAAAACGACGGAAUGUCUGGUGGCUCCUGAUUCAACACGCCUCUUUUUGCUUGUGAUUCCCCUUCCUGCCCCUCUGCCUUGCCCCAUUGAUCCCCAUUGAUCCCAAUAAUGGUGGCUGAAGCUCUCCGUCCUCGUCACCUCUUGCCUCACUUUCCGAGAGUUGGCUGUGCGCAAGGGCAGUUGACGUAUCCGUAAAAGACUUUUCUCUCCUCCUGUGCUCCGUCCGUUGCGUGGAUACUCACGUAAGGCAAUAAACCUGGGGCUGGAGAAGUGGCGACGGUUGUUGUUGGCAGUAUGGAGUCUGAUGGACCAAGUUCAAGACCAACACUUAUCACCGAGAGCCACGAGAAUCCUAGGAGGUGCCGGCUUCGGUGGAGACAUGUGAAGAAAGACCGAACGAUG